GCUGAGACCCUGGUCAGUCUUCUCGCGACUGUCAAGCUGAGAACGUCGGCUCAGGAUUCCUUCCUCAACGCACGUGCAUCUCUCUCUCUCCCUCUCUCUCGUUGGCUGUCUUUUUUACGUAUAUUCCCUCUCGAGUUUUAAUUAACGUUAAUUCCCGCAUCUGAGACGGGGAGAAGAAAAAAAGGACACUUAUAAAUAUAAAAGAGACAGAAGAAAGAAAGAAAGGGGGAAAAAAUACACCUGCACUGGGAAGAAAAGAGAGAGAGAGAGAGAAGGGAAAAAAAAAACCCAAAACUAUACUACAAGAGAAGAAAAAAAAAAGAGCAUCGACCAUGGGCAAGAUCAAGGACAUGAAGGAGUACAUCGGCACGGGCGAACUCCUGAACGACCGCCGCGUGUGGAAGGCCUUCCUGGCGGAGUUCUUGGGCACCAUGUUCCUCGUGUUCAUCGGCUGUGGCUCCUGCAUCGGCUCCUGGAGCGAAGGCUACGCCCCCAGCGUCGUCCAGAUCUCGCUCGCCUUCGGGGUCACCGUGGCGUCUAUCGCGCAGGUCCCCAUCACUGGAUCUUCGAUGAACCCGGCAAGGAGCUUCGGUCCAGCGGUCAUUUCCGGUCUCUGGCAGGACCACUGGGUGUACUGGGCUGGUCCUAUUCUCGGUGGUCUUGCGGCCGCUCUUAUCUACUCCUACGUUUUCCGAGCUCCCAAGGACACCGCUGCUUUUGACGUGGAGAUGGACAACUAUAACAAGAGAACCAACAAUGCUUAAAUGGAAAAAGAUCUACUGGCUUGGCCCUAUCAUGGGCGGUCUCCUCGCCGGCCGUAUUUACAAAAUAACCUGGCCAGGAGACGACGAAGACGAAGAGGAAAACAACCACGGGAAGAACAAGAAGGAGAACGAAAAGAACAGCGAGAAAGAGAGGAACAGCGAGAGAGAGAAGAGUGACUGUAGGUACGAACUGACUAUCCCCAUCGACGACCUCACUGGUCAUCAGU